AUGUCGAAUGACCGAGUUCGCGUUAGAGGCUUGAGUAUAUUCAGGCCAAUUAUCUACGGCAAUACAGCGACAGUCUUGACGCCAAAGGAACGCGAAUCACUCUCGUCUCCCGACCACACGCAUAAGUGGACGGUAGCUGUGCGAAGUGCAGCGUCGAAUCCAAAUUCUGACAUUGUUGGAGGGGCUGACGACCUCAGCUACUUUAUAAAGCGCGUCGUGUUCAAACUACACGAGACAUAUCCCAAUCAAUCGCGUACUGUCGAUAAACCACCAUUUGAAGUUUCCGAGACUGGAUGGGGUGAAUUCGAGAUCCAAAUCCGCAUCACUUUCAUAUCAGAAUCGGGAGAAAAGGCCAUUUUGUUGUAUCAUCACCUCAAGCUUCAUCCUUGGAACGCGACAGGCGAGGCAGAGAUCCCACCUCUCGAUGUAGCUAUCAAGUAUGGGCCUGUCCACUCAUGGCAAUACGAUGAAAUCGUCUUCAACGACCCCUUCCAGAAUUUCCUCUCCAUCUUGACGGCGCAUCCGCCCACACCGCUGCCGAAGGGAAGCAAACGACCUGUACCAUUUCAUCUUUCAAACCCUGCAUCCUUGGAAGCAUCGAAGGGCGGGACACCAGAGUUUACUACCCAAAUGGCAAAAGAGGAGGCUGAUAGGCUGGACGCGGCUAAGAAGGAGGUUUUGGCCCAGCAGGAGGCAAUGCGGCUUCAGAUAGUCGAGAAGGAAAAGGAAUUAGAUAGCUUGCAGAGACAACUCAACUCUAUGGCGUAG